GCAAAAUGGUGAUAAUGUUUUGAAUUUGUGGUGAUGACACUCACUGAAAUCACCCCCCGUCGCUUUAUUUCUGCUGGGUUGCGAAAUAAUUCAUCAUGGUGAAGAUUGCUGUUCUUGGUUGUGGCCUCAUGGGCAUAAAGAUUGCUGGGGAACUAGCAUAUCAUGGCCAUCGGGUCAAAAUAUAUGAUCACAACAUCAAUAGUCUCAACAGUACAUAUGAGAGAAUUGAAGAAGACAAAAAAGCACUGAGGGAGGGCGGUCUCAUGACACAUAAAAACUUUGUGGGUCAGAUACUAUGUAUGAGUCGACUUGAGGAGACUGUCAAUGAUGCUGAGUUUAUACUUGAGGCUGUGAUAGAUGAUAUGGAAGUCAAGAAAGCAUUAUUUGAAAAGGUUGCCCAGUGCUGCCCACCAGAAGCUAUCAUCACAACCAACUCACUCAGGUUAGAUGUUUCAGCUAUUGCUGAAAAGUCUAGAAAACCCAGUAGAACUAUGGGUCUUCGCUUUCUUUACCCUGUCUACUAUAUUCCUGAAGUUGAAAUCACACCAAAUAAAUAUACCUCUGCUGUUGCAAUAGAAAAAGUGCGUGUACUCCUUGAGCAGAUGGGUAAAACACUGUUUUUUAGAUCUGGCGAUGAACCUCUCAUUCUUACAGAAGAGCAAAGAGAAGAAAGAAAGAAAGCAAGGUUUGACCAAAUCAAAAACACUUCAGGCCUUGGGCUGAUGUUACAAGGAAUGAUUCCUGCUCUCCAUCACAAAGGCAAUGUUCAGCCCGUCCAAGAUGAUGAAGACUAUGUUCCCUCGAUGAAUGACUCAGAACGGGAUUGUGCAAUCUGUAUGGAUCACAAGCGUGACUCGCUACUGUGUCCGUGCCAUCACAUGGUCACGUGUAACGACUGUGCCAAGCUGCUGCUGAAUCGGAGAGAUGGAUGUCCAAUAUGUCGAAAAGAGAUCGCAGAAAUAAUCAAAGUGUAUCACUCUUAGCUUUAAAAAUUGUGUAAAAUAGGACACGUAGGGUGUGAAAUAUGUUGGUUUUUCAUUCAAAAUUGACUUCAGCAGGACUGUGGCUUAUCCAAAGAUAAUGAGCGAAGAACUAUAAACUACAAUCACACUUGAUCAGAUCAGAAUGUAACCAGUUGGGAACUAUUGCCACUGCUGCAAGUUUGAGGAGGGUGAUUUCCUUCAGGGUUCAUAAGACGGUGAGGAUAGGCUGAAUAAUGUACCAAGUAUAUUUUUAAUUAAGUUUGAAAUGACAUGUAGAGAAGAGCCUCUCUAUCAUGGACACUCUAGGGACUGACAAGUGCUGUCCAUAAUGGAGAGCAGUCCUGAUUACAGAGGUGAAAUUCAAUGAAAAUGCUCAUCUCCCGACAAAAACAGUGUCCUUAAUAGAGAGGGUGUCCUGCUAAGAGAGGUGUCCACUAAGAGAGGUUCCACUUUACUUGAGCAGGGGACAUAGUUCUCAGCCCCUUGACCCAGUUUGUUUUCAAAACAUUUUCUUUGCACCACUUUUCAUGUAGGAAAUUCAAGUAAAUCUGGUCAAGAUGCACUUGAGGUAAGUAUUGUGCAGGUCUGCAUCGUGGCAGGGUAUAGUGGACGAUUGUUAUUGUCGAAAAGUGAUAAAAAUGUUUGCAAAUCCUUGCAGUGUUUUCACUGGAGAAGAUUGUAAUGCCACUAAACACACAGCAAGAUGUUGAAGUGGUCUUCGUGUUAUAUUGUUUCACUUAUCCGUCCACACAUUUCUGGUCAUUGUACUAAAGGCAUCUUUUAAAUUCUAGUUAUCCUUUUAUGCUUUAUUUUAUAGUAUGUGAUGUACAUUUUACUUUGAAUAGAAAUGAGACUUUUUGUCUCUCUUUAAGAUUGGGUGAUAUGAAUAAAGACUAGCAAUUGCUUUUACUGAAAACCCCAUGUACAUUUACACUAGGCCUUUCUGUACAAAACUGAAGUAAAAUCAUUUACUAGUCUUUAUUCAUAUCACCCAUUGUGUUAAUCUGUCCUUAUAAAUCUUUGAUAAUAUUAUCUACAUGUAUUUGAUAAAGUUACUGUUCCUGUAAGCUAUUACAUUUAGACAUUGGUAAUCAAGCUUAAGUUCGGGUCUCAGAUGUCCUUUCUGAACAAUCAAAUAGUUAAUCUCUAAAACACAACUUAAAGGGAGCUCCUUUGGAACUGUUUAGUGCAGAUAGCCAUGUAUAUCAUCUAAGAUCACAAAACCCAGUAAUUAUACAACUAGAAGAAGUGAGAACGUUUAUAAACAUUUGAUGCUUUGCAGUAUUUCACCGCAGAUCCUGAACUGGAAACCUGGAAGUUUUCCAGAUUUCAAGAAUACUUAACACACAAGGCAUGGGCCUUGGACACUCUGCCAAAUAUGAAGGUUUUGGGGGCUAAUUCUCACUCACUCAUGCAUAUAUGUAAAGUAAAUUACAUCACUGAUGCACUGUGUGUUCUUCCUACAAAGACCAAUUGACAUUCCUGAAGGGAAUGAUGUAACAUUGUUCCAAUUCCAACAGAAUUCUUUGAGGAGUUCCUGUAUGCACUGCUGGCCAUCACUAAUCACGUUACAGAUAUUAGGGGCAGAUCCAAGACUCAGAGUUAAAGUGGGAACUCCACCCUCACUUUUCUACAUUUCAAGUUCAAACAAAGAAUUCUAAGAUAACUAGGUGCCACAAUAUGCCAACCAAGGGAGGAGCAUGCAUGUUUAUGACGCAGGUAAACAUGUUUGGUGAGACAUUCAGUACAGAUAGUGAGGUAUCAAUUUCUAAUCUAAAACACCUCAAAAUAUAUAAAAAGAGAUUUUGACUUCUUCCAUACAGCCAAGGCAGUUAUGUACAUGUAUGCUCAAACUAUAACCGUUGCCAUGCAAAAUCAGCCAAAGUGCUUAGUAAAUAGUAAACAACACUUUUCUGCAACCAAGGUGUUUAGGAAUUCAAGACCACAACAUGCCCAGAAUGUCUGCAUGAUGUGAGCACUCACUUGAAAAUGAGAUAUUGAAAGUGGAGUGAUACAAAAAGUAUGAUGAAUGAACAAUAGAUUCACCAAGCAUGCAUCACACAGGUGCUUUAAGUUUCAGCUGAGUGCAUUAGAAGUGCAUUUAUAUACAUCAGAAGGAAUUUCCAUCGACUUUUGAAGAAUUCAACCCCUAUUCCUCUUGUACACACCCACACCAAUAGGUUCACUAAACGAUUUAAGGAUGAGCCAAAUAAGGCCAUACCUUUCUAAUUGUGCGUUCGUUAUAACCUAUUAUGUGCCUGCCCCCUGGGUGUUGGCACAAAAAGGAAAUGGUGCCAAAUAACAUCAAAAUGACUUACUUUAGCAUUAAUGCUUAUGGUUGUAUUCAAUUCUGUAUGUAUAGUAAAGGAUUUGUCUAACAUUACAACCAAGGAUCUAUGCAUGCAAUUAAUAGCAUUAAAGUGGUGACCACGACAUGAAGAUAUACUGCACUCUGUCAAGGACCGAUGGAUUUUGAUUCAAUCCAACAUUAGUGUCCCUGGAUAUAAAGUUUUUUCCGAUCUGAUCUUCACCCAACCAAUCCAAACAUGUUCCUAUACCCAGUGCUAAAAUUAUAGUCCUGGUGGCACCAAUACAACAUUUCUGUAAAAUUGCCCAGCAAAUUUUUAUUCUACGUUAUUUAGAUAACUGUCAUUAAUCCAAAAAAGACUCAUUGAGACAUUAAUGUCAUCAAGCGAUGGAUAAACAACAUAACCAAAUAUAAAAUGACCCAGAAAUAUGAUUUGAUUGAUAAAAUGUUCAUUAUGGAAUCCUGAAAUAUUUCAAGUCACAUUAUAGCUAAUCGCUCAGAAAAAAAGUCACUAUAAGCAAUAUUGCCCCAAAAUUCAUCAAUGCAGAUCCAAAAACAGAUAGAACAGGAAUGGACUAAUUAUCAAAAGGGUUAUCUGGACAAAGGGCAGAGAACAUACAUUUCGUCCAUACAUGCUUUUAGCACUCUACAUGUGAGUCUAUGUAUAGUAAGUGUUAAAUCUUUGAAAAUAAAUGUAUGUAUCAAAGUUAUGUAUGUAAUGUAGCAAAAAAUAUUUUAUUUGUGUGUAUUUGUUUUGUAAACAUCCACCAAUGUGAUAUCAAUAAACUGUA